UGUGCUACUCCGCCCCCCCCAUUUCCCCCCACCCUCCCGGCGGUAUCAAAUACCAGGCCGUCUUUCACUUUCGGGUUACUGUUGAUGGGAGAUGGCGCCGAUUCCGAAGGCAGUGGGGCGGAUAAAGCUAGACUGCCCUCUGCAGCCUGGCUGCCCGCUGGAGGUCGCUGCUGUCCCCAAACUCUGCCAGGAAUUCGGUCCCGAAGACUACGGCGCCGAGGACAUAGCGGAUUUUCUUCAACGACUUGUGGCGAGUGAUCCCCAGGGCCUGCACCGGAUCCAUGUGGACGGGAGCAGUGGGCGGCUACAGCUCUGGCACCAUGAUUACCUCCUGGACCAUUUCUGCGAUGAGGGGAAAACGCGUAGACAGAGUGACGUGGCCAAGGGGGUCAAGGGACUGGGCACCUACUGUGGUCUCCGAAAGUCCUUCCUAUAUCCUCCUCAAGGGUCUGAGCCCUGCCCUCCUAGCCCCUCUGCCCCUUCCCCUGGUGGCUCAGACAGCCUACUUCAGGUGGCCAUGCCCCAGAAGCUCCUGCUGACAGAAGAGGAAGCCAACCACCUGGCUGAGGAGCUAGUGGCUGAAGAGGAGCGCAUGAAACAGAGAGCAGAGAAGAAACGACUCAAGAAGAAGCGUCAAAAGGAUCGCAAGCGACAGGAGCGCUUGGAGCAGGAGGGUGGGGAGCCCAAGGUCAUGGCCACCCCAAAUGGGGAUGGGAGCCCCCCAUCCAGCCCGGGGAACCCUCCUCAGGGACAGUGUGGUGAGGAAGAGGACUCAUUGGAUCUAUCUAGCACUUUCGUGUCUCUGGCUUUACGCAAAGUUGGGGAUUGGCCUCCCAGUGCCCGCAGAGAGAAGGGACUGAGCCAGGAGCCUCGAGGCAAAAGCCGGAGCCCCCAAGAGAAGAUGGGCCAGGAGGAAGCGAGCUCUCCAAUAGAAGAGAGCCCCAGGCAGAGUCCUAAGGCAGAGGCAUCUCCAGGACUGCUGGCAGUUGCCUUACAGCAGAGCCAGGAGCUGGCAACACUGGGUACCAGCUUUGCCCAAAAUGGCUUCUACCACAAGGCUGUGGUUCUCUUUACCCAGGCUUUGAAGCUCAACCCCCGGGAUUAUCGGUUAUUUGGAAACCGCUCUUUCUGCCAUGAGCGGCUGGGUCAGCCCAUGCGGGCCCUGGCCGAUGCCCAGGUGGCCCUCACCCUGCGACCGGGCUGGCCCCGGGGCCUUUUCCGCCUGGGCAAGGCCCUGAUGGGACUGCAGCGUUUUGAAGAGGCAGCUGCUGUGUUCCAGGAAACUCUGAGAGGCGGCUCCCAGCCCGAUGCCGCCCGGGAGCUCCACUCUUGCCUUCUGCACCUUGCUCUGCAGAAUCAGCGAGGAGGAAUCCGGGAGCCACUUCUGUCAACUGGGUUCCCACAGCCAUUUUCCCAGGCUGGGCCUGGCACCUCAAGCCUCCUGUCUGUCAUUCGUCCUCCAAGCACUGCUCCAAGAGCCGCUGGCCUUCUGUCUCCACCGCUGCAUUAUCCCCCGAGUCACCUGAGCCACUGUAACUCGACUCUUCCCCAGACUCAGAGUAGGAGACCCCACUCUGUCCAUCUCCGGGACACCUCAAAGGGCUCUGGUAUCCUGGGACUUCGGCCCCAGCAUCUACCUCAGGCCAGAUGAUGGAGGACCUGUCCCUCAUAGGACAAGGCCAUGUGUGCCUCCCCUAGUUCCCUGCAUAUCUUGAGAUCUUGUAGUCUAAAGCCAUAAUUAAAGAUACCGCUGGUGGCCGUUCCUGUUGCCAAAGAGACCUGAUGACAGAAAGGAACCCCAUGUCCACUGAAACAACCUUUCUUUGAUUCUGAAGCAGAUGGCUUCCUCUGGGAGCAGUAGAGAAAAACAAAAUCCACCAAGGCUAAGGAGGGAACUGUACAGAAGUUCAGGUUUUCAGACUAUAUCAGACCCAGAAGGGAGCAUCUGGGGCCUGCUCUGAUUUUUGGCUCUGGGCACCUCAUGCACCAGCCAGAGAUCUGUGCUCAGGAGCAGGUUCAGGGGAUGCCUGAGGCCUGAGUCCCACCCUGCAUCAUGGCAGAUGCGCAUAUCUUCCUGAGCCCCGCCUCACCUUGUUCCUUCUAGCCCCAGCCCCUCAUGCCUUGUUUCCUGUCACUAGGUGCACAUUCUGACCUCUCCUUUGCCCAGGGGCCUCACCUUCUUCAACUGCCAGAAGGUUCACCGGGGUUUACAUUUGGAAAGUCCCUUACCAGGUCCUGCCUGGUGCUGGCAGGGUACACACAUCUCCACAGCCCGCCCACCCGUGCUGGCUCUCCUGCUCAUGGGACCCCAGCAGGCACCCCGGCUGCUGCUCCUGUGGCCGUGCUUUCUCCACUCCAGCACUAGGUGUUGUAAUGAAUGAGCACUUCCCCAUGUCAAGUUUACUCAGUAUUUCGACCAAGGGUCACUGCCCCCAAAGAAGGCUGUCAUUCCCUGCUUCCUGUGUAAGAAUCAUAAUCUUCUGGUUUCUCCUCGAAGAUCCUGACAGCUGCCCCUGGCUGCUUCUUCCCUAUCCCUUCCUGGGAUUCUCAGCUCACUGAAAUGUGGAUCUGCAGGGGACUCAGGCCUCCCAGAAUGCCUUGCCUGGAGGAACCAUUCAUCAGGAGAAAUGAUUCUUGCCCCCCUGUGGUCUUGCUCAACACCAUUCAUUGCUGAAUAGAGGAUGUUGAAAAACCUUCUUUAUAUAGGGCUUUCCCAGAUUAUUUUUGUUUAGAGAGCAUGCUCUUUCAAUACUGUAGAGCAGAAUGAAGUCUGCCAGCAUGAGCUGGGUCACCUUGGGCAGGUCUUCACUCACAUCUGUGCCUUAGAUCCCUCCUCUGAAAAAUGGGGUCAAUCCCUGCCUCACAGGGCAGUUGUGAGAACUGAAAGUCAAAGUGUAAGAAAAUACCUACCAAGUGCCUGGUACACAAUGGGUGCUAAAUAAAUUGGUUUUUAUCUGCAA